CUCCUUCUCUGCCCCAUCCUCCCCUUGAGUUUUCUUAUCCGUCUUGUCGGCUUGAUCCUAACAUUUCUUCUUUUUUAUGACAUGCCAUUAUCAUUUCUGUUGCUGCUGCUACUACUACUACUAGUGCAUUCUUCUUGACCCCUAAUGAUAAACAGCACGAGGAGAACAAACUUUUGAAGCGGCAGAGUUGUGCGGUUGUCAUGUCACAUCAUCAUCACCGUGACACGACGACGAUAACAACAGCAGAUGACGACGACCUUGUUCUCACAGCCGAUGAGCAGCCGAAUUCGGAUACUGUUUCUUUACCGCCACAACUGCAGCAGGAAGAUCAUUAUCAUCAUCCGUCUCACGUUCCUCAUCCUCCAAUACCACCCGUACCCCCACUACCACCAUCAGCAGCAGCAUCAUCGAGUUUAACAGCGUCCGAUGAUAAACAGAAAGAUACUGAUAGUAGUCCAAAGGAUGAAGGCUCAUGGCAUAUUGUCAAUACUCCCUCUUCAACAACAAAAGGCCGUCCCAUCGAAUCAUCAUCAGCAGCAUCGUCUGCUUUUUCAUCCUCUUCCAGCUCUUCUUCACCCUCGUCCACUUCAUCGCAUUCAACGUGUAAUCACAGCGUCAAGGGAUCGCCGUCUUCUUCUGCUUCUGCUUCUCCAAGCACAGCAACAUCAGAAGCAGCAGCAGUAGAGCACAAGAAUGAGGCAAACCUCCUGCGUGAGGAGCUGGAAAGGGAAAAAAAGGUUGUAGCUGCAUUGCAGAAGCAAAAAGAAGCCUCGGCAAAAGAUCUGGACUAUUUUGGUAGAAUUGUCGAAAAACUUGCGGACGAAAAGUCUGUGCUGUCGCAACGACUAGAACUAGAGAAGUUAAAUGUCAAGCACAAGGAGCAAGAUAUGUCGAUACUUUUGGAAAAGAUAAAGACUUCUGCCGACGACGCGAGAUACAAGUCGUUAGAAGCCAGCAAAUACAAACGCGAACUCGAUGAUUUGCGGUCACAGGUGGAGAGGGAUAAUCAUGCAUACGAGGAUCGGAUCCGUCAUAAAGAUGAAAAAAUCAAUCAUCUCCACUCGCAAUUGGGAAAAGCAGAAGAGCAGAUACAGGCUCUGAAAUAUGCCAUGGAGCAGCUCGCCAAGGCACAGACGAAUGCAGUAGCUACCCCAGCAUCAGGACACGCCAGCAGUGAUGCAGAGAAAAAGAUCGAGCCACGACCGGCAGCAUCGCGCAGCACUUUUACGGAGCAUAGCAGCAGCAGCAGUAGCAUCAGCAGUGGUGCUAGAGAUGGUGGUGCUGUCCCUGGAAACCCACAGACCCCAACAGCAGCAGAAAAGCCAUCAUCUGCGAAGGGUGAAAAUGACACUUUGGAUCGCGAACUCCGUGAUCUGACACAGGAAAAGGAGCAGCUUCUACUGCAAUACUCAAAAAUACCGAUAUCGGGUGCCACGCGACAAUCACGAAGGCAAAAGGAUCAACUUGAAGAAAGACUCGACAAGGUCGAUGCCCAGCUGAGUCGUGUCAAGCAAAAAAUAAGAAUCAGACGUGCAUGAUUUUGUAAUACACAAAAAAAAAACUAUCAUAUGAAAACCACUAUAGUACAUUUUAAAUUCGCCUCGUUCCAAUAAUCUCUGCACACACUUGGUUUUUACAGCGCAAAUUUCAAAUAUAGUUAUAUUUUAUGUAUCAACAUGGAAGCCUGGGAAGUGCUCUGUAGUAAAGCGUUCAAUGGCGACGAAGCUGCCAAUCACCUGAUUCUGUUCCUGGAAGGAUGUGGCAAAUUAACGGCGACCGGAUUCACCGUAACGACAUCGUCCCUGAACAAUCCCGAUUGCGCAUUACUUGAGCAAUUAGGUUUUGUUGCUGCCCAGCCACAGAACAACAACAACGAAUAUACCCUACCAGGGCAACAAUGGUCUUCAUUUCUCGAGAAAAAACGAAAUGCGCGUGUAGCCUGGCACGAGCAACGACAGCGCG